UUAGGAAAUUCAAGGGGAAGUGAUGAUUUCUUCCCCUUGUCAUUUACAGCUCGUUGGAUAUUCUCUUUUCUUUAGGAAGUUUAAAACUUGCAGCAAAGUAAUUCAACGCUGUAUUUCGGUAAUGUCGAAUCCUGGCGUGACUCCAAACAUCCACGUUAAUCCUCGUGUGUCACUUAUGGACCGUAAGGUCAAGAUAUGCUUAUCUGGACUUGAAGCUGGCCAAGCUGUUACAUUACAUGCCUCAGUUGUGGGUGAUGCGAAUGAAAAAUUCGAAUCUCAUGCACAUUAUGUGGCUGACCAAGACGGAAAAAUUGAUAACUCAACUGAUGCUUCACAUGGUGGUUCCUAUGUUGGAAUUGAACAAAUGGGAUUCCUGUGGAGCAUGACACAGGCUCCUGGUCAGAGAAAAGGACUGAGACUUGCAAAGAAAGAUGUCACAAAACCUUACUCAAUUCAACUGAACUGCUUUGAUGGACAUCUGUCACCAAAGGAUGGAUUUGUGAAUAGUUUAGCAAGAAACAGUUUGCAGCCAAUUGUGAGCUCAUCAUUGGAGAAGUGGUACAUGGCUGAAGGAGUAAAGAGAAUUCCUGUAAGAGAAGGGAGGAUACGUGGAACUUUGUUCCUACCUCCAGGAAGUGGAACAUUCCCAGGAGUCAUUGAUAUGUUUGGAACAGCAGGAGGCUUGAUAGAAUUCAAAGCCUCCCUUCUGGCAUCACAUGGGUUUGCCGUCCUCUCACUGGCAUAUUUUGCAUAUGAUGACCUACCAAAGUAUCUUCCAUUCUGUGAGCUGGAAUACUUUGAGGAAGCGGCUGACUGGCUUGUGAAACAUCCUGCUGUUGUACAACAAGGAAUUGGUGUCAUGGGUGUGUCAAAAGGAGCAGAAAUAACUUUAAUGAUGGCUGCAAACAGAACAGAUAUUGUGAAAGCAAUUGUGCCAAUUUCUACUUCUUUAGUAAUCUCAGCCUCGGCAUUUAAGGUUAGGGGUCAGUUAUCAGGGAUGUACUAUGAUAGCUCGAAAGCUAUUAUGACCUCAGAUGGGGCAUUAAUCUUGCGAGACUGCAUCCCAGUUGAUGAUUUUAACCAAUUUGAACCUUCCUGCGUGAUCCCAGUGGAGAAAAUUGAUUGUCCCAUGUUGAUCAUUUGUGGAGAAGAUGAUCUAGAAUUGGCAGCAGUUGAAAUGGCACAAGAAAUUUGUACACGGAUGAAUUCCUGCAGCAAGGGUGAUUUGUGUUCUGUGUUGAGUUAUCCAGGCACAGGUCACCUAAUUGAACCUCCAUAUGCACCACAUUGUUUUGCAUCCUACCACAAGGGUCUUAAGGCAAACUUUGUGUGGGGAGGAAAUACACAUAACCAUGCAAAAGCUCAAGAGGACUCUUGGCAGAAAAUAAGGGAGUUUUUCAUGAAGAAUCUUGGGCAGAGCUGUAAAAGUCAUCUUUAAAAAUGUUUGAGGAAUGAAUGAUUAGGAAUAAAUUACAACUGGUAUUAAUCAUAGAAUUUCACGAAGAGGACAGACCUCUUCAUGAAACAUACACAUAGCAUGGGAAGGCAGCAUUUUUAACCUGUAUAUUUUGUUGUUGUAUUUGCUGUUCUCAUACUGCAAGAAAUUUGAUAAUUUAAUAUUGUAAUUUAGAUGAUAGCUAAGAAAUCUAGUAAAUUUUGUAAAUUUAGUAGCAGAGUUAUUGUUCUCCUUAACCUUUUUUAAUUUGUACCUUCUCUUUGCAGCUGAAGUUGUGCUUUUGUUGUUUUCUUUUUUACUGUUAUUGGUAUUAAGUAAAAAAAUACACAGAAAUACUUAGAAUCAGAACAAUAAAAAAUGACACAAGUUUGCUUAAGACCUGCUUUAAAGGAGGGUGAAAAGAGUAUGUAUAUCCACCAACUGUGGUAAUUUAAUACUUAAUCUUGGACCCAUAUUAUCAUAAUUUUGAAUUUAGGCCAAAAGUUUUCAGUCUCU